AUUUUAUAAUGGAUUUAAUUGUAUUUUUCCCUCUUCAAUCUGCACACAAUACCCCAUAAUGACAAAGCAAAAACAGGUUUAGACAUUUUUGCAAAUGUAUUAAAAAUAAAAAACUGAAAUAUUACAUUUACAUAAGUAUUCAGACCCUUUCCUCAGUACUUUGUUGAAGCACCUUUGGCAGCGAUUACAGCGUCGAGUCUUCUUGGGUAUGACACUACAAGCUUGGCACACCUGCAUUUGGGGAGUUUCUCCCAUUCUUCUUUGCAGAUCCUCUCAAGCUCUGUCAGGUUGGAUGGGGAGCUUUCCUGCACAGAUAUUUUCAGUUCUCCAGAAAUGUUUGAUCGGGUUCAAGUCUGGGCUCUCGUUGGGCCACUCAAGGACAUUCAGACUUGUACCAAAGCCAGUCCUGUGUUGUCUUGGCUGUGUGCUUAGGGUCGCUGUCCUGUUGGAAGUUGAAUCUUCGCCCCAGUCUGAGGUCCUGAGCACUCUGGAGCAGGUUUUCAUCAAGGAUCUCUCUGUACUUUGGUCCGUUCAUCUCCCAGUCCCUGUCGCUGAAAAACAUCCCCACAGCAUGAUGCUGCCACCACCAUGCUUCACCGUAGGGAUGGUGCCAGGUUUCCUCCAGGCGUGACACUUGGCAUUCAGGCCAAAGAGUUCAAUCUUUGUUUCAUCAGACCAGAGAAUCUUGUUUCUCAUGGUCUGAGAGUCCUCUAGUUGCCUUUUGGCAAACUCCAAGCGGGCUGUUAUGCGCCUUUUACUGAGGAGUGGCUUCUGUAUGGCCACUCUACCAUAAAGGCCUGAUUGGUGGAGUGCUGCAGAGAUGAUUGUCCUUCUCUCAUCCCCACACAGGAACUCUGGAGCUCUGUCAGAGUGGCAAUCGGGAUCUUGGUCAACUCCCUGACCCCAAUUCCAAUUGCUCAGUUUGGCCAGCUCUAGGAAGAGUCUAGGUGGUUCAAAAUGUCUUCCAUUUAAGAAUGAUGGAGGCCACUGUGUUCUUGGGGACCUUCAAUGCUGCAGAAAUGUUUUGGUACCCUUCCCCAGAUGUGUGCCUCGACACAAUCCUGUCUCGGAACUCAAUUCCUUCGACCUUGUGGCUUGGUUUUUGCUCUGACAUGCACUGUCAACAUUGGGACCAUAUAUAGACAGGUGCGUGCCUUUACAAAUCAUGUCCAAUCAAUUGAAUUUACCACAGGUGGACUCCAAUCAAGUUGUACAAACAUCUCAAGAAUGAUCAAUGGAAACAGGAUACACCUGAGCUCAAUUUCGAGUCUCAUAGCGAAGGGUCUGAAUACUUAUGUAAAUAAGGUAUUUGUUUUUUUAUUUGUAAUAAAUUUCCCCAAAAUUCUAAAAACCUGUUUUCACUUUUUCAUUAUAGGGUAUUGUGUGUAGAUUGAGGAACAUGUUUUAUUUGAUCCAUUUUAGAAUAAGGCUUUUACAAAACAAAAUGAGGAAGUCAAGGGGUCCAAUGCAAUGUACAUAAAAAGCAUUUGACGGGGUUACGAAAGUUAUCAUGAAGUAGCCCCAUAUUGAGUGAAUUUACAUAUACAAUUUUGUCACGGCUGUCUUCCUCUUCUUCCUCUGAAGAGGUGUAACAAGGAUCGGACCAAUACGCAGCGUGGUAGGUAUCCAUGUUUUAAUUUAGAAAACUGAACUAUGAACACCAAUACAAAACAAUAAACGUGAACAAACCGUAACAGUCCCGUGUGGCACAAACACCCACAAAAUACCCAAAGAACAUGGCUGCCUAAAUAAGGUUCCCAAUCAGAGACAACGAUAAACACCUGCCUCUAAUUGAGAACCAAUCUAGGCAACCAUAGACUUACAUAAACACCUAUAAUGAACACAACCCCAUAGCUCUACAAAAAAAACCUAGACAGUACAAACACCCUAGAUGAGACAAAAACACACAAACCACCCUCGUCACACCCUGACCUAACCAAAAUAAUAAAGAGAACAAAGAUAACUAAGGCCAGGGCGUGACAAAUUUACACAUCAUAAAGUGACUUUGUAUUACAGAGAGAGAGAGCUGCUGACAAGUUAAAUAGACAGAGAGUGAAAGACAGAGAGAAAGAGAGCUGACAGGUUAACAGCUGCAAACUGGAUCAGUCCUCGAUAACCAAACCCCUAUUUCAACUACUAUCAAUAAAAAUCCCAAACCAACCCUGUACCAUAUCUUGUUAUCCUAAACCCCUCCCAUACAUAUGAUUUAUACCGCUUUUAACGGCAUCUUAUAAAUUUUAUGUAUUUAUAACAAAUCAAAACUGGAAUUUGUAUUCAAAACAAAGGUUGUAAAAAUAUGAUACACAUUUAUAGAAUAAAUCAUAUCUAGUUUGAUGAUUCUGUGACAAACUGUGAAUUAGUUAUUGAUUUAUACAUCUUUAAAUUGCAUUUUAAAGAUGUUAUGUAUUUCCAUAAAAUCAAAACUGGAUUUUUUAAAUUCAAAACAAAGGUUGUAAAAGUAUGCUAGACAUUUAUAGAAUAAAUCAUAUAUUAUAAAUAAAAUGGUAUGUGACAAUCAAUGAAUUAGUUAUUGAUUUUUUUACAAUUGAAAUGGCUUUUGGCAAAUGUCUGUUGAAUGUCUGUUGAAUGUCUGUUGAAUGUCUGUUGAAUGUCUGUUGAAUGUCUGUUGAAUGUCUGUUGAAUGUUCGAAUGUGUGAAUAUAAAACCAACUUUACCUUGGUCAAAUAUCUUUGGGUGUAGCUAGCUGGCUAGUUGCUGCAUGUUUCAGGUUAUGCCAAAACACAGGUAAUAUAAGCCAACUUUUGUAUAACUUUAAUUAGAUUUCUCAGUAUAGCACAGUAUAUUCACUGUCGUGUCUUUGUAUUCAAGAAUUUGGCUAAAACAGCUCAAUAAAAGAGUGAUUGAGCAGCAUAGGGGUUAGCUAACUAGCCACUAUAUCUAGCUAAAUGUGUAACGUUAACUAGUUAGCUAACAUUAUUGAAUCAACUGAAAAUGGGAAGGUAACUUGUGCUUUGAGUGUAAUUCUGCUAAAUCUCGUUUUAGCCAGGUCAAAAUUAGUCAAAUGCGCUUAGUUUCAUGCCUAGCUAGUAGCUAGCUAAUGUCGCUAACUAAGGAAAAUACAGUAGUUUGAUGUUCCACAGAUUUGUAAACAGAAGAUGGCUAUUUACUUUGAUGAACAUGACUGUGAACCAACGAAUCCUGAAGAACAGUACCGCCAGAAUGCACUACCAGAGCUGGCCAGGUGUAGGUCUUUGAUGCAGGGCCUGGACAUUGACUCAGGAGCAUUUCACCUAUCAGACUGGGACCAGCAUCUUCCUUCCCCAGCUGCUAAAACAGCAGUCCAAACCUUACCUGUGGUUGUCAUAUCCCCAGAGCAAGCAGGGCUGAAGUGUCCUGUGUGUUUGCUGGAGUUUGAGGAGCAGGAGACAGUGCGGGAGAUGCCCUGCAAACACCUCUUUCACUCUAGUUGUAUCCUGCCCUGGUUAAGGAAGGCCAAUUCUUGUCCGCUAUGCCGACUCGAGCUACCAACCGACAAUCCAGAGUAUGAGGAGUUUAAGACGGACAAGGAUAAGAGAAAACAGAGGGAACAUAGACUGGAGUAUCUACAUGUAGCCAUGUACACAUAGUGGCUCAGAGCACACUUAUUGCUUAUUUCACAUUUAUUGCAUUGGGUCGCAAUAGAAUUGACAAUUGACAAAAGCUGCAAAAAAUAUUGUUUAGCUAUUAUGUUUUAUCGUGUGUAUUGUAAAUAUGUCAGUUUUAUAUUGUCACGUUCCUGACCUAUUUUCUGUUGUUUUUGUAUGUGUUUAGUUGGUCAGGGCGUGAGUUGGGGUGGGCAUUCUAUGUUAUGUGUUUCUAUGUUGGGUUAAAUGUGUUGCCUGAUAUGGUUCUCAAUUAGAGGCAGGUGUUUGACGUUUCCUCUGAUUGAGAACCAUAUUAAGGUAGGCUGUUCUCACUGUUUGUUUGUGGGUGAUUGUCGCUGUGUCUGUGUUUUGUUGCACCACACGGUACUGUCUCGUUCGUUCAUUCAUUUUUCCUGUUCGUGCGUUCUUCGUUUUAUGUAGUUCUCAUGUGCAGGUCUGUUUAACGUCGUUUGUUGUUUUAUAGUUUAUUCAAGUGUUUUGGUAGUUUGUCUUGUUAUAAUAAAUCAUUAUGUCUACCUACCUCGCUGCGUGUUGGUCCAAUCCAUGCUCCUCCUCGUCUGAGGAGGAGAAC